AUGCACUGCUUCUGCGAUACACCUGAUUUCGCAGCUGGCCCGCUUGCCUAUUUUCUAACUGUACCUCAGGUUGCAGGCCUUGCAACUUACACCACAACAUAUCUUCUGAUGUCCAAUGUUCUCUACCUCCUCCUCCUCCUUUGUAUGCUACGGGCAUCCUUGAAGACGAAGCUGGCGUUCGCGACGAGCAUGGUGGGUGGAAUGCUGAGGGUUAUGAUACCUGGAGGAGAGUGCGAUAGUUUGCAGCAGUGGUUUUGGAAGGAGUGCCCUGUGCUGGAUCAGGAAAUGGUAUCCAUGACGACGAAGUUUUCAACGUUCUCGACUUGCCACCCGUCCGCCUAA